UUAAAUAAAUAAGUAUCAGGGUAAUGCAAGGAAUUAUUCCACUUAUCAAUAAAAUUCAAGAAGCCCUGGCUACUACUUCAGGGCGGUAUGAGAUUGAACUCCCACAACUAGUGGUAGUAGGCUCUCAGUCCUGUGGCAAGUCUUCAGUACUAGAGAGUAUCGUAGGCAAAGAUUUCUUGCCUAGAGGAACUGGAAUCGUGACUCGAAGACCUCUGGUCCUGCAGCUUUAUAACAUUGCUACACCUAAGGAGUAUGCCUUCUUCGGUCAUCUGGAGAAGGAAUUUACCAGCUUUACUGACAUUAAGGAAGAAAUCUUAAGAGAGACAUCCAGAGUGUGUGGGGACAACAAAGGAGUGAGCACUGAUCCCAUUUUUCUAAAGAUUUACUCAAACAAUGUGAUAAAUUUGACCCUAGUUGACCUUCCUGGAAUUACAAAGAACCCUGUUGGUGAUCAGCCCAAAGAUAUUGAAAAACAGAUCAAUAACUUGGUCUUUGAUUUCAUUUCAAGAGAAAAUACUAUCAUUUUGGCAGUCUCUCCAGCCAAUGCUGAUCUAGCAAACUCAGAUUCUUUAAAGAUGGCUAGGAAGGUGGAUCCAAAGGGGGAAAGAACCUUUGGUAUCAUCACCAAGGUUGACUUAAUGGAUGAAGGUACAGAUGCUCUUGAGCUACUUCAAGGAGAAAUUUAUCCCCUCAAACUAGGCUACAUUGGAGUAGUAUGCAGAUCUCAGAAAGGCAUUAAUGAUGGAAAAUCAAUUUCAGAGUCUAUCAAAGAAGAAGAAAAAUUCUUUAAAACCCAUCCUGUUUACCACAAAUUAUCUCAUAACUUGGGAAUUAGAGCCCUAUCUGCCAAGUUGAAUACUUUGUUGAUCAGACACAUUAAAAGGACUCUACCUCAGAUUAGAGACAAGAUUACCACUAUCAUGACUCACAAGAGACAGGAGUUAGAUGCACUUGGUGCAGAUUUAGACUUCGAAGGUCCAAAAGGAGCAAAAUCAGUGAUGCUAAACAUUAUCAGCAAAUAUACAACCACAUUCAACAAUUACAUUGAUGGUGAUUUCGUGAAGCAAAGUUCAGACUUGCUUUUGGGAGGAAGUAGGAUCAACUACAUCUUCAGUAACACUUUAUUCAAUGCUCUGGAUAGCCUUCAUCCUCUUAAAACUAUCAGCGAUGACGACAUUCGUACAUGCGUAAAGAAUGCAUCCGCCUUAUCUCCAAGUCUCUUUGUGGAGGAGAAAGCCUUCCACAUCUUGAUGAAACAACAGAUCGCUAGACUACAGGAGCCAGCCCUCCAGUGUGCUGAACAGGUGUUUGCAGAGCUAAGAGAUUUAGUCUCUUCAAUCUGCUUACCAGAAUUGGACAGAUACAAGAAACUACAUUUUGCUAUCAUUGAUGUUCUGAACAACCUUUUGCUUGAGUACUUGCAACCAACAAUGCAAAUGAUCAAAAACCUGAUCGCUUGUGAAGACGCCUAUAUAAAUGUCAACCAUCCAGAUUUCAUAGUUGCAAAGGACGCUCUUCUCAACAUCUUCAAGAAGGGCAAUGAUCCCCCUCCAGAAGAUAAUGUUUUUGAGAAAAUUGAAGAAAACAAUAAUAUCUAUAGAGACUCAGACCAGGAUUCUGAGGAAGACUCUGAAGAAGAGCAAGAGCCUGAGGAAGGAUACACUAGAAGAGAGUUCUUCGAUAACCUUAUGGACCAAGAUAAUGUCAAUGAGGUCCAGCCUGACAGGAAGGUUAACUCCCACCUCAAGAGACCUAAUAAUAAAGAAGAAUCCAAAUACUCGGUAGGAUACGAGGCUGACAACAACAUGAUCACUCAUAUCCCUCAGGUUGGACUUAUUAAGCCGCCUAAGAAAAUGAGAGUUGACGACCAACCAAAUGGGAGAGAGAUUGUGGAGACUCAGAUUAUCAAGAACUGCCUCUCAUCCUACUUCAACAUUGUGAGGAAGCAUAUAGCUGAUUUAGUCCCAAAGACAAUUAUGGCAUUCUUGAUCAAUAAAGCCAAGGAGAACUCCCAACAAAUCCUGUACACAAGUUUAUGAGAUGGAGAAGAAAUUCAGGACAUCAUGGGUGAAGACCCAAUGAUCGGUGAGGCUAGAAAAGAGUGCCACCGAACCCUCAAGAACCUCUCGAAAGCUGUUGAUUUGAUCAAUGAGGCACGAGAUUACAACUAUUUCAAGGAGGAAUACCAAUUGAGCACCUCGAAGUUAGAGAAGAUGUCUCUUGAAGACACAAAAGAUGAGGAAAGUCAGUAAUUUAGCUCUCUAACCAGAUUCUGAGAAUAUUAAUAAUAAUAUAUUUAAAGCCAAUCAAUC